AUGAAAACUGACCUGGAGCUCGCCUUGGAGUGCGUUGUCAACAUCUACCACCAGUAUGCCAUAAAGUACCCCAUAGAUGACUACCUGAACAAGAGGGAGUUCUCAGAGCUGCUGAAGGAGACCGCCAAGCCCUUCCUCUACAACACCAUGCCACCUAAUAUGUCCAUCGAUGACUACAUAAGCAAGCUCUUUGCCAGAGCAGACCACAACCACGACGGUCGCCUGAAGUUCACCGAGUUCCUGACCACGCUGAAUCUCGUAGCCAUUGAUGCCCACAAUAGGUCCCACCAGCAUCCAGAUGCCGGUCAUGGCCGUGGCCACGGCCAUGACCACGGCCAUGGCCACAGCCACGACCAUGGCCACGACCAUGGCCAUGGUCCCCGCGAGUGA